UCAAAGUAAAGAAGUUACGGCGCAAGAGAGAAGACGUGAAAAAAGUUUUUGCAAGUUUUCAACUAAACGAUUCAACGGUAGUGCAAAUUAGCAGCUAAUGAAUAAUUCGAAAAACUAAGAGCUAAUAAUCAGUGCAGUUAGUAAACGUAAUAGAGCCCCUUACAGAAGGAGCAAGCAAGACGCAGGUUCCGACCGGCGAAUGCACGCUUGAAUCGAUUAAAGAAGAUUUCCAGCAAACUGUGAUUCUCUGGCUAUAGACAAGUUCUGGCGGAAAAAUAUACAGUUGAAGCGAAGAAAAAACCUUACAGACACUAGAGCAAAAAUUCUGCCAAACGACAGCUUUGCGUCGAGUUUGGUUAACACCGCAAUCAUCCGCGUGUGCAAACUGAGUCAGCUGUUUUUGCUCGUCCAUUCAAUUGUAUAAAAAAGAAGGAGGAAGACCUUUCAAACGUAAUAUUAAAAGUGCAUGGUGUAAAAAAGUUUUAUAAGUGAUAAGAGACAUCCUAAAAAGAAGAAAAAAGUCAUCAAACGAAGAAGAGCAAGGUGAAGAGGACAAGACUUUAAUUUAUUAUUUAUACUACAUUAGUUGUAUGAGGGGAAAUUUACAGAAAGUGGUUACAAGAACAAACACAGCAGCGACUUGCGAGCGAAGGUAGACAAGGCUAAACAAAUGAUUUUGAGAUAACGUUUAAUUACGCAGUCACAAAUAUACAAACAAACAAAAAAAUAAGAAAACAAAAACUUGAAGUGUGAAUAAACCAACCUAAGUGUAAGCAUUCUAAGCAUAAGAAUAGUUUUAAACGGAGAAUAAAAGUGGAACAAGGAAUCUGGAGUGCGGUUUUAAAAACGCGAUAGAUAAAAAGCUACCCGUGAGUUGUUUUAUACCUGAAGCAAGGACAACGGUGAAACAAUAGAAUAAGCGAAAAUCUCUGUAAGAGCAAAAACACCAGUAGAAAAUAUAGUCCGUGCACUCGACUACAAUCAUGAUGACUGAAACGCUGAAUUCUAAUAAUCACCUCAGCCAGAAAGGCGAGAAUAAAGUGGAUGACAUGGGAUGGAAAGCCAAACUCAAAAUACCGCCCAAAGAUACUAGAAUUAAGACUAGUGAUGUAACGGACACUCGAGGUAACGAGUUUGAGGAGUUCUGCCUGAAGCGUGAGCUGCUGAUGGGCAUCUUCGAGAAGGGAUGGGAGAAGCCGUCGCCAAUCCAAGAGGCAGCCAUCCCAAUCGCACUAGUUGGUAAGGACAUCUUGGCGAGGGCCAAGAACGGUACCGGCAAAACGGGCGCGUACAGUAUUCCUGUACUAGAACAAGUUGAUCCUAGCAAGGACUAUAUUCAGGCGUUGAUCAUUGUGCCAACGCGCGAGCUGGCACUGCAAACAUCACAGAUUUGCAUUGAACUUGCGAAACACAUGCAUAUCCGGGUUAUGGUGACCACCGGUGGUACCAACCUCAAGGAUGAUAUUAUGAGAAUAUAUCAGAAAGUUCAAGUGAUCAUCGCGACACCCGGCCGUAUACUGGACUUGAUGGACAAAGAAGUGGCGAAUAUGGCCAACUGCCGUAUGUUAGUAUUAGACGAGGCGGACAAACUGCUUUCGCAAGACUUCAAAGGCAUGCUGGAUCAUGUCAUUAUGAAAUUGCCGAGAGAGCGCCAGAUUCUUCUGUUCUCGGCGACAUUCCCGCUAAGUGUGAAGAACUUUAUGGAGAAACAUCUGCGCGAGCCUUACGAGAUCAAUCUGAUGGAAGAGCUAACCCUGAAGGGUGUUACUCAGUACUAUGCAUUCGUCCAGGAGCGGCAGAAGGUGCACUGCCUCAAUACCCUGUUCUCCAAGCUGCAGAUCAACCAGUCGAUCAUUUUCUGCAAUUCGACACAGCGUGUCGAACUGCUGGCGAAAAAGAUUACCGAGCUAGGCUAUUGCUGCUACUACAUUCACGCCAAGAUGCAGCAAGCUCAUCGAAACCGUGUUUUCCAUGACUUCCGAUCCGGGCUGUGCCGGAAUCUGGUUUGUUCCGAUCUCUUCACGCGCGGUAUUGAUGUACAGGCUGUGAACGUUGUUAUUAACUUUGAUUUCCCCAAAAUGGCGGAGACUUAUCUGCACAGAAUCGGUAGAUCCGGACGUUUCGGACAUCUGGGUAUUGCCAUUAACCUAAUAACCUACGAGGAUCGGUUCGAUCUGCAUCGCAUUGAAAAGGAGCUUGGUACGGAAAUUAAGCCUAUCCCUAAGGUGAUCGAUCCGGCUCUGUACGUACCCAGGUUGGACGAUCCCAACAAUACACAGGAGGAACAAAACAUUAGCAAAUAAGCCCUUAGCCCACAGUAAUUCCAUCAAUACACCCGCAAAAAUCAGCAGCUAAAGUAAAGAAGAAGAAAAAACUAAACAACAAAUGAUAACCACUAAAUCGGCGUAUUUCGUUUCGAAACAAAAAAUGUUUCCAAGCAAACGUCAAAACAAAAAAAAUUGUAAAGCCACAUACGCCGAGGAACCGAAGACGGGGUUCAAACUGGAAACCAAGCUAGCUGCUGGCUUCGUGGGUUAGUCACACACACACACACAUUUACAUGAGAGAAAUGGAGUCUUCAAAUUAUUACAUUUUUGUUCACGAAAAAAAACCUUUUUUAAAAAUUGUUCUAUAAGAAAAGAGAGAAGAUACUGAAGAAUUCAAAAGGUUCCCAUACACGCAAACAUACAAAACUAAAUCUGUAAACUAUUGUGAAGAAGGAAUGCGGAAUACGAGAGUGUUAGCGAGAACCUGAGAGCGCGCGGAUCGGGUGGAUGAGAGCAGUGCAUCGUGCGGAACCUACCAGCAAAACUACUAGAACAUCGUUGUGUACGGGUUGAUGAACUCUAGACAUCAACAUUUUUUUAAACUAACCGCACGAGUAAACAAAUCUGAUGAAAUAACGAACCGGAAACUGGUUGCAGAGAUCAACAACAACAAAAAACAUGUGUAUAUAGCAUUUCAAUGGAGAGAAGCUUGUAAGUCUGCAAGAGAAGAGGAUCUGCUGCUAUUAUGGAAGGAUACACUAACUUAGAAAAGUACCGGUUCGCCUUUCGUCAGUUUGCUAGUGUAGGUUUGCAACAAAGUCCAAUUGUUAAUCAUUCGAAAAACUUCUCUAAAUUGGACUGAGCAUAUAUUGAACCCUUGUGCGGACAGAAGAGAAACUCCUAAUAGACAAGUUAGCAAACGAGGGACAAUUUUUAUAGCAGAGGAAAAAUAUGAGUAAAACCAAAAAAUAUAUACUUACAACGUGGGACAACGGCUCAGAGCUUAGUAUUUCUGCGACAGAAAAGAUGCUUGGAAACCAGUAUCAACGAACGAAAAGGCAAUAUUCUUCAAAAUCUAGGUAUAAUUUUUACCUGACGUAAGUCUGAUCAUUGAUCAGCGUUGCAGAUGCUCGUUGUCUAUUGGGUUCAAUAUUUGCGCAGUUUCCUCAGGUAAUUGGGCUAGGUUAUUUACAUUCAUCUGUCAUUUAGCUAAUCACCAAACAGUUCACGAUCAAAUUUUAUUGGUGUUUAUUUUCUGUUGGUUAUAAUACAAUCGCUCAAAGCGCAAUUCUUUCCGACGAUCAACAUUUUGCUAAACCAAAACCAUUAGUACUUUCCAUUUUUUGUUUUGCGAUGGAAGAAGCAUUAGACAAAUUAGGCGACGAAAAAGCAGCCAAAAGAGCAACAUCAUGCAUGGAUUGCAGUCAUUUACUUUCGACGCGUUUGAGACAAAUCUUAAAAGGCAAAUAAGCGAGCAGGAUUCAAAUUUUAACUGCAGGAUUGAGUUUCGUGUACAGGUUUACACCAUGUUUCCUUCCAUUGCACAACCAUCGUCGUCUUUGUUUUGGUGAAAAAUUACAUUAACAUACAUAUGCAUCAAACAUAUUUGUGUCAUUUUUUUUCGACAGUUUUGUUUUCUACAAUUGCCUUCUCCUGAAAAGACUUGUUCGCUAUCGAUUCGAUAAUGGGAAAACUGUCGCCUAUUUCUUGAUUGCUGUGUUACUGUGAAACUGCCUCUAGUGGCAAGACAUUCCGACAAGGAAUGCAAAUCAAACAAGGCGCAGAUUUUCCAUUUUCGCCAAUAAUUAUCUAGUUUAUUUUAUAAUCAGAAUAUUUGUUAUGGUUUUGUGGUAUCUGCGGCGUUGACAGAAACUCAGAUCAACGUUUGCAGUUAUGUAAAAUAUCGUUUUUAAAGUUGAGUUUCUUAUUGUUGGAUAGUUUCACAUAGGCCGCAGGUACUGCAGACCCGGAACAAUGUAGCAGUAAAAUUAGAUACAAAGAAACGGACCUUCGUUUAAGAAGUGUUUGUUCUUUGAUUAAGGAAAACAAGAUAGUAAACUAAGCGUUCAUUUGUCGGUGGAAAUUUUUGUCGUUCAACCGCGUGGUUGAGCGAAAUUUCAUUUGUUUAUACCUGCUGUCUAUUGCCAGAGGGCGUUUCUGCAGAUGCAGCGCCAGAAGCGGACAUUGAUUUUUGACAGUCUAAUACAUUUGGCUCCAUCGAAAAAAAAUUGUUUCGUGUUUCAGAUUCGUACUUCAUGCUAUGUUUAGGUUAUCGCCAAAACGCACAUUGUUUUAUAAUUUUAAAGGUAUUUACAGCAAUACAUGAAUCAGCACACAAUUGACCACCAAGCCUUGUUUUCGCAGCGAAACACACUAAUUUGGCAGGAAUUUGUGUUGGAUAAUGUAAAGUUUUUGAUUAUUAGACUGUCAAACUCAGACGAAAAGAAUAGCGAAUUUUAUCAUGUUGAGUCGACGUUUUAUUUGAAAUAAGCAGUCAAUUUCCUGUAGACUAGAAGCUUUGAUUCUUAAAUAGAGUUUGAUUUUUAAGUAAGUACACUGAAGCACGUCUAGUUGAACAACAACAAUUCUUAAUUUUCAUUAAGAAUAGGUGUGCGUUUCUUUGAAAAUUUAAUGGGAUUUUUUCCCGUCCGGAUUGCCGGUAAUGGGGCUGAAAUUCAGGCUUCCGUUUACCAUCGUGAAUUCGUUACCCCGCCGGUUAAUCAUGUUACGUAAAAAAACUCAGUGGAAGCCAAAACAAUAAUGCAUUUGUAAGCAUGAAAUGCAUUAAAGUAAACGAUUAAAAAAUGUGAUAAUCGAGAAUGCUUAAAAUUAAAAAAAAAUUCAAAAAGAACAUCAGAAAAAAAAGUUACCGUGGCGGUGUGAGAUGUUACACUGCAUGCUAGUAACAUCCUGUCAAAAUUCAAAUUUACGUACAAUGUGCCAUCUUUUUGAAUCUAGAAUCUCCGGUAUGUAAAUUUGAAUUGGCAGACAACAGUAAUUCCAACCGCCGGCCGCAGGUAGAACAUCUAAAGCACAAUCAAAAGACCAAAUCAACAAACCUUUAGAAAGGAUCGCAGCGGCUAAACCCAUUCAAGCAAUCGAAAAAAUAUCUUAAAAACAUGUAGUUAAUCCAGGCAAACCGAUUGUGAUCUCUAUCAUUAAGCAAGGUUGAAAGAAGUUCACUAUUUGUUUCCUCUAUCGAAUAAUGACAACAACGUAAUGUGCUUCCGCUCUGAAUAAUUUCUUCUUUAAGUGCAAUUUAGAUUUGUAUAUUCAGCUGACUGCCAGUUUCGUAUUACAUAUGUUCGGUGUUAUCCGCAAUCGAUUAUUUGCUGACAAAUUAAACCAGCAUUUUGGGUUUUUUACUCUAUUGAACAACAUUGUACAAGCAGCAGAGCGGAAACAAGCGAUUGUUGAGGAAAGAAAUAAAAUCACAUACUUCAAAGUACCUGUUAUUUACACGAAUAAGAAGCAGAGUAAAUUUCAAUUAUAACUGAUUUAGUGAGACGUAACUUAACAGCAUAAAAACGUCUUCUUAAAAAAUACGGAGAUUCGUUACAAAUCAAAGCCAAGUUUCCCAACCCCUUUUGAAAUAAUAUAUCUCUUUCGGUGCAAUAGGACAACAGCAAAUUGUAGAACGGCGUACGAUUCAGAUUUUCGGAAUUCUGCCAAAAAUGUUGCUGUUGCUUUUUUCUCUUUCAAAAAUGAAAAAUGACCCGGCAUUCUCUUGCACAGGGAAUGAAUCGGCGAACAGUUGACUGACAGUUUACAAUUGCUUCCAUUUUACAAACAACUGGAACAGUCCGUAUUUUACUUCAAAUGUAUUCUCAAGACAAAAUUUGCGGUUUUUCUUGAGGCAUCAACUAUUCCGAGAUAGCAGUUUUGAUUGGCUUUGAUUUGUAAAAAAUUCAUUUAACAAAAAAAAAAACAAACGUGUAUUGAGAAAAUAGUUCUAAAUCUAUUUCCUAUAAUUUCAAAUAGAAGUAAGGAACUACACGAACCGAUGAUGAAAGGAGAUGUCAAAUGCGAACAAGUGAUGUGUAAAACAAGCGAAAUCACCGUACCUGAUAUUUGUUUUUGUGAGAAAUAAGUUUAGAAAAAAUUUUAGAUCAACACAAAAAAAAACAACAAAAAAAUAAAACUGCUAUC